GUGCAAAGUCUUGGCAACUCCGAUUCUGGAGAUCUGACUAAGCGCAGUUCGCUUAGUUAGUUUGUCUUGCGCACAUAACCACGAAACUCUACUAGACUUUCGCGAGAUUGAUCCGUCAACACACUCCGUCCACACCACACAUAUCUCAAAAUGACCAAGCGAACGAAGAAAGUCGGUAUCACCGGAAAGUACGGUACCCGUUAUGGUGCCUCUUUGAGGAAGCAGGUCAAGAAGAUUGAAAUCUCCCAACACGCCCGCACCACCUGCCAAUUCUGCGGAAAGACUGCCGUCAAGCGCAAGGCUGUCGGUAUCUGGGAGUGCAAGGCCUGCCGCAAGGUCAGCGCUGGAGGCGCCUACACCGUGUCCACCCCCGCCGCCGCCGCUACGAGGUCCACCAUCCGUCGUCUCAGGGAAAUUGCUGAGGUCUAAAGUGGUUAUGUGUGCAUGGGAUGGAGGCGUUUCUUCGGGCUAUAUCAACUUCGGAUAACCUAACGUGGAAGAAAACACGGGUUGCCGUCGGCACUGGGAGGCCAACUUUUCAAUGGCUACAGCAUACAUGAUGGCUUAAAAAUCAAUGGAAU